CUUUUCUUCUCUACAUUCUCUACAGAAUUAAAAAGCAUGUCAAGGGAAAAUCACAGCACCAUAUAUGAGUUCAUACUUUUGGGCUUCACUGACUCACCAGAGCUGAAAAUCUUGCUUUUCGUAUUCUUCCUUGUAGUCUACCUCAUCACCAUUGUGGGAAAUCUUGGGAUGAUCCUAUUAAUCAGGAUCGAUUCUCGACUUCACACCCCCAUGUACUUCUUCCUCAGCCAGCUGUCCUUUGUGGACCUCUGCUAUGCUUCCGUUGUCACCCCUAAGAUGUUGAUGGAUUUUGUCGUGAAAAGCAAAAGCAUUUCCUUGCCUGGAUGUGCAGCACAGAUGGCUAUGUUUUGUGUCUUUGUGGCCACUGAGUGUUUCAUUUUGGCAGCCAUGGCUUAUGAUCGGUACGUAGCUAUUUCCAAGCCUCUUCUCUAUACAGUCAUUAUGUCCAAGAAAAUUUGUGCCCAGCUGAUGGUUGGACCCUAUCUUGCAGGGCUACUAAAUGCGACGACACAUACCAGCUUAACUUUCCAAUUAACUUUCUGCAAGUCCACAAUCAACCAUUUCUUCUGUGACAUCCCUGCAGUCAUAUCGCUCUCUUGCUCUGACACAAGUUUCAACAUGAUGGUGCUUUUUGGUCUCUCCUUCAUGUUUGGAACAGUCAGUGGCUUAAUUGUCAUCAUCUCUUACAUCUACAUCCUUGCAGCCACCUUGAGGAUCCGUUCCAGUGAAGGGAGGCACAAGGCUUUCUCUACCUGCUUUUCCCACCUCACCGCUGUCUCACUUUUCUUUGGGAGCCUCUUCUUCAUAUAUGUCCGGCCCAGUUCUGACUCCACAGAAGAUGAAGACAAGAUUGUCUCCAUGUUCUACACUGUGCUGAUCCCCAUGUUAAACCCCUUGAUCUACAGCCUAAGAAACAAAGAUGUGAAAUACGCAGUCAAGAGGGUGCUCAGGGUGAAACAUUUCUCCUGA